AUGAUCCUGGAAGGAGUCCAGCCGACCGAGGUGACGAUGCUGGCGGUCAUCGCUGCGUGCUCGGCUAUGGAGUCACUCUGGGAAGGUAUAGUCAUUCACCGUUUGACAGACUCUGUAAGUUCUUCACGGACACGGCUGUGCAGGUGCGCUCAUCUCCAUGUACCCAGGCACCUCAAAUCCAGCGCAAACUGCUGGAACGCGAUGCUGGUAGCUUACGAGGACGGUGUCCGGCUCUACUGGGAGAUGAGCUCCGCAGGGAUCAAAGCCAACGAGGGGACUUUCGCUGGAGCUCUCGCUGCUUGCUCGAUGCCUGGAGCCGUGAGAGAAGGAUACAGGAUCCACGAGCAAGUCUCUUCCAGCAGAUAUAGCUCCGACCUCAGCCUCAAGACCGCUCUCGUCCACAUGUACGCCAGGUGCAACCAGGUUGACGCUGCGUUCCACGUCUUCGAGCAGCUCCAACCGGACGUGAUGGCCUGGAACGCCAUGAUCGCGGCCUACGCUCAAAACGGUGGCACGCUCUCGAGCUCUACAGCAAGAUGUGUGGCAAGCUCGACGUAUGUUCGAGAGGAUGGAUGCCAAGAACGCCGUGUGUGCUGGCACGGGAUCAUCGCAGCCCACGCUCACCAUGGCUACGGCAUCGACACGCUCUGGUUCUACCGCCUCUUCGAGCUCCACGGCUACAAACCGCUGGAGCCGACUUUCCUGUUGGCGUGUGGCCACACCGGCCUCGUUGACGAGUGUAAGUGGUACUUCCAGUCGAUGAUCGAGGACAGGAUCACUCCAACUUUCGAUCACUACUCGGGCGUUGUGACGGUUCUAUCGCGCGCUGUGAAGCUGGAGGAGGCUGAGGAUUUGCUCCACAGCAUGCCGUUUAAUCCUGGCAGCGUGGGGUGGACGAGCUUGCUGGGGGCGUGUGGAACUCACGGGCAUUUGAAGCGGGCUAGGAGAGCGGCGGACGAGGCUAUGGAGCUGGAUCGACAUGACAGUGCUCCAUACGUGCUGCUCUCCAACGUUAACAUCUCUGUUGCGUCGGGGUGUCUGCGCAGGAAAACCAAGCACAAUCAUCCUAAGCAAAGAAGGAUAAAAGUUUAUAGUCUCCCGCCCAUUUUGUGA